AUGUUGAAAAAUUUCAAACUUAAUAAGAGAGAUAGUGGCUCCAAAAGUAGGAUAACAUCGGCAGAUAUAUCAUCGCCUACUCAGAGUCAAGAUAGCCCGAUAAAACACAUAACAACGGUUCCUAUUAGAUACCUUUCCAACAGUACUUAUUCCUCAUCACCAAGAAAGAGCUUCAACGUUAGAAAUUCAUCAAAGGAUGUCCUAUCUGCUGAAAAGGUGGUGAAAGCUCAUCAUUCAUACAAGGCACACAGGGGCAUAGAGUUAUCCUUCUCAGAGGGAGAUUUCUUUUUCGUGGUUAACGAAGAUAAAGAGUGGUAUCAUGUUACAAAUCCGUCAACUAAUCAAAAUGGCAUAGUUCCCAAACAGUACUUUGAGGCAAUAAAUAAAACAUCACGUAUAGUGUGUAACCCAGUAUCUGUGAAUAGUAAUACUGGAAAUCUAGGCUCUUUGUAUGCCAUUGUUCUUUAUGAUUUUAAAGCUGAGAAAUCUGACGAAUUAAGUUCUUUCGUUGGCGAAAACCUUUUCAUUUGUGCCCAUCACAAUUAUGAAUGGUUUAUUGCCAAACCUAUUGGUAGAUUAGGUGGCCCAGGUUUGGUCCCCGUAGGAUUUGUCAGUAUUAUUGAUAUUUCCACUGGUUAUGCCACUGGAAACGAUGUCAUGGAUGAUAUCAAGUCAGUCAAUCUACCAACAGUACAAGAAUGGAAAAAUCACGUCGCCAAAUAUAAAGCGAGUAAUAUUGCGCUUGGAAGUGUGGAGGAACAAAAUAAUAGACUAUCAUUUGACUCUAACGAUAAAUUAAUUUCAUCACGUUCCGCUUCAAGACGUAACUCAGAAAUACCACCACUAAGUAAUUUUGAACAGAUAAUAGAUGGCUCAAUUGAUUCUUUUGGAUUAGAAAACGAUAAAUAUUACUUUGACGUUAGAUGCAUAUUGGCUAAAAAUAAGUUGAGAAAGUUAAGGCGUUAUUAUCAAGAUUUUUAUGACUUACAAGUAAAGUUAUUAGACACUUUCCCUUCAGAAUCGGGAAAAUUGAGAGAUAAGAAUGGACAAUGGACGAAGCGUAUAAUACCAUAUAUUCCUGGGCCGGUACCUUAUGUUACAGAUACGAUUACCCAAAAGAGGAAAGAAGAUCUGAACAUUUACAUUAAAGAUUUAAUAAAACUACCUGAAUACAUAUCACACUCUUCAAUGGUAAACUCUUUAUUUGAGCUCAGAGAUAAUGGUUACGAUAAUGAAGUUUUCAUUGAGAAGACUAUGGACAAUGCUAAAGCUAAUAUAUUACAAGAAGGAGCAGCUAAAAGAAUAAGCUCGCGUCAACACGACAGUACUCUAACCGGUGAUGAUCUGGGAUUAUACAAGAAGAUGUCACAAUUAUCCCUCAGCUCUUCAAGACCACAAUCAAGACCACCAAGUGUACUACCACCGCAACCAGUGGUUAAGACAAACAAGAUCAAAUUCUAUUAUAAAGAUGAUAUCUUCGCUUUGAAGUUACACGGUAAUAUAACCCUCAAUGAACUACGUUCAAAGAUAUCACCAAGAGUGGACACUGAAAAUUUUAUGUUGAAGGUGAAACUAUCUGAUGGAGACGGUGAAGAAAUAAAAUCUGAUGAACAAGUUAUAGAUGUCAUAGAAGCCAAAUUAAAGAUAAGUGUCUACGAUCUGUAG